CAGAAGUUACGUACGAGUAUGAGCGCGCUCGCCUGUAGUGGCUGAACAUUUCGUAGAAACUUGUUUAGUGUUGUGUAGUAAUUUUUCAAAACGUAGACUUUCUAAUGAGUUGAGUAAUUAUUAGGUGUAGAAUGUUCUUGAAACGGUUGUUGUUGCCAUUCAUCAAUACCAGAAGUUCAGGCAAAACAUACACUCCAACUUCUCUAAACGGCAAAGCUACCGUGGCUGCGCAAUUACCGACCUUACACGUACAAUCUACUUCACAAGAUAGACGAUAUGCUUCAAGCUUGGAUUCACGGACUGAUUCUACCGUUCCGGGCACGUCCCUUUUUAACGUUCGAAAAACCAUUAAGUUAUCGUCACUCGAGAGUUCCGACGGAUUCACCUGUAUUCGGACGGUUUGCCCAGUGUGUCACACUACACCAGGCCAAACAGAGGAUUGCGAUUCCAAUCGCGAAACUAUUUACAUUAACAAAACGACGAGUAACUUCACGUGUUCCGCCUGUCAGUACCUGGGCCAAUGGGAGUAUAUCGAGAAAUUCUUCCUGCCGCAUGGUAAAAGCGCCAAAACAGUGCAAGAGAUGAACCAGCUGAAGGAUGCCUUUUUGGAUAUGAAAAGGAGCAGUAGUACGGCUCCAGUUGUGCUUCCUGAAGGUCUAACUAUUGUAGAUAAACUCUUGGCCGUCAAAAUCAGUGACUAUUUCGGUUUAAAAGAAAUACCACCGAUAAGCUUUGUGUCAAUAAUGUCUCAAUGGGACGAUCAUAAUCAGUGUCUCUAUGUUCCUUUGAUAGAUGUAGAAUCUAGGAUGGUCGGUUACAAAGUACUUAGCAUUUCCAAACAUCACGACGGAAACGUUAUUCAGGAAAGAACAGUCCCGGAGACAAAUUGUUCUGGAUUAGUAUAUUUAAUAUGUUCACCCACCGCAACAGUUACUUUUGGGAAGGUUGGGACCAAAGAGCAAUCGAAUGCUAUUCUGGUUCUCAAUGUGUUGGAUUUGCUUGCACUUAGUGCGACCAAAAUUAAUGCAACCGCCGUUUGCCUUCCACAUGACCUUAAAAGUCUCCCCCAGCAGUGUCUUCCCGGGCUGGAGCGGUUUCAAAAGCUGACACUGUGGUUUAACUACGACACUGCCGGUUGGGACAUCGCUCGAAAUUAUGCCAAGAAACUGGAGGAGCGACGUUGCAUGUUUGUUCGCCCGACGGAUUUACACCCGACACCGGCCAAGGCACUUUCAAUUAACUUGGAUCUGAAGGCAAUAUACUCGAAGGCCCAACCGAUUCUGCACAAAUCAAUCACCACCUUCCAAUCGCUGCGACAAGAUGUACUUAGUGACCUGCAGAAUAUCGAUAAAGUCCAGGGUGUUAAGUGGAAACGCUAUCCAACGUUGAAUAAACUGCUGAGAGGACACCGGAAAGGUGAACUGACAGUUUUAACCGGACCGACUGGUUGUGGGAAAACCACCUUUAUGUCGGAUUACUCACUAGAUCUAGCAUUGCAGGGGGUCUCGACACUUUGGGGGUCCUUUGAGAUUCGAAACACCCGCUUAGCUUCCACUUUGCUGCGACAAAUGGCGGGCCGACCACUGGAUGUGAACCUGUCCGAGUUCGAUUACUGGGCGGAUGCGUUCGAACAGCUUCCGGUUUACUUUAUGACCUUUCACGGCCAGCAACCGAUAAAGGUGGUAAUGGAAGCCAUCGAACACGCCCAAUAUGUUCACGACAUACAUCAUGUGAUUAUCGACAAUUUGCAGUUCAUGAUGGGUAUGUCGGAGGAGAGCAAGCAUUUAGAUCGAUACUGGAAACAAGAUGCCAUUAUAGCUGCCUUUCGGACGUUCGCAACGCGAAAAAAUUGUCAUGUGACGCUUGUUAUCCAUCCACGAAAAGAACGCGAUACGGAGGAUUUAACGACAAGCUCAAUUUUCGGUGGAGCAAAAGCAUCCCAGGAAGCGGACAAUGUUCUAAUCAUUCAAGAUAAACGACUGACAUCGGUUCGGGGGAAGAAGUAUUUGCAAGUAGCUAAAAAUCGUUACAGCGGAGAUCUGGGUAUAAUGCCGCUUGAUUUUGAUAAGAUGAGCCUUAGUUAUGCCCAAAAGCGAAAAAAGGUGGAACCCACAGGAAGGACUGCGAAUGAAGUAAGUGAAACCAGUGAUAGUUAAAUAUUUUCUAAAUUUAUUUUACUCGAAAAGUAUGCCAUCUGACCAAAAGUUUGUGAAAUAUAUUGUUCCUUAAAGUAUAUAUACAAUUACACUAA